AUGUCAAAAACGAAAAAGUUUCUAAAGUGGUUUGAAGAAUUGAACCAUGGGGCCAAUGAUUCAGAAACUCUAGGGUUAGAAAUAUCUGACUCAGUAGAGAUAGGCGGUCGAGGCUUGAUUGCACUCAAUACUCUUCCAUUUUCUGACGGCAGUCUUCUUUCCAUCAAAGUAGAUGAUCCACGCUUAGUCCUCACACCUGUUCGUUCUCAUUACCUCGUCAAUCAGUGUUCUUGUGAUUUCAACGAGUGCUGGAGACCGGCUAUUAAUGUAACACCACAGGAGCCGCAGGAUAUUCUAGUUUUAUUCUUUUUCCAUCUCAAGCUUGCAAAUCAAAAUCCGAAAUGCGUCCUUCAUGGCAUGUGGCAAGCAUAUUUCGAGAUACUUCCCAAGUCCUUCACAGAUGUUGCCUACGUUUCUGUCGAAGACCCUAAAAUAAUGAGCGCACUCAAACCUCUCUUGCCCGUACCGCUAGUGCUUGCUUUUGAAUCUCGGAUAGAGAGAAUGCGAAGGUCGUAUCGACGCCUCUUUUCUAAUCCCAUGCCUUCGGAACCACCAAUAGGUUUUGCGUGGGCAUGGUCGGUUGUUAAUUCGCGCUGUGUUUACGUCAACCUUCGCCAUUGGGGUGGUAACAAGUCUAUAGUUCCCCAUCUUUGCGAUUGCCGACCAAUAUUCCUUCCUCAAAGCAAUAGAAAUAUCGCUAUCAUUCCCCUCUUUGAUUUUUUUAAUCAUUCACCGAACGUAUCCGUUGCCAUUGAAGUCACUGAUGGUCUACUUAAAGUGAAGACAGACUCGUCUUAUCAAAAAGGUCAACAGGUUUUUAUCAACUAUGGAAACCAUGACAACAUCUUCCUUCUGUGUGAAUACGGUUUCUGUAUUCCUGAUGGCAAGAAUCCAUGUGAAGUGAUUUAUCCUACUUCCGGAAAUUUGUUAGCUAUUGGUGGAUCUGCUCAAAGGCUAAAUCUUGUUCUUUCAACCCUUGAACUACGAUCGAGUGGCGAUGAUACAACAUGGGAACUGGUCUACCUGACGGUAGAAGGACCAUCUUACUACCUUAUUCUGAUUCUCUUCGCUCUCUUCACGCCUGAUGAAGUGAUUCCGCCUUUAAACGUCCUUUACAGCCUUGACGAAGAUGAUCGUUCCCCCUCAAUUCAGCAUGGCCUUCGGCUACUCUUGAACUGUCUUCUAGAAGAGACCGAAAAAGCCCUCGGGUCUGUGACCGCACUGGAAUGUCAUCAUGCAUUCAUUGAUAUCUUGAUCACGUUGUUCGCCUCAAGACGUAUUCUCCUUAAGUCAGUAAGAUGA